AUGGAAUGGACAACGCCGCUUUCUAGACCCCCGUUGCAGACGGUUGCGAUGCUGCAGAAGCAUUCCGACCUUUCGUUCCUAUAUCGUCGGAGCCCAGCUCCACGGCCACUCUCCGAAGCCACCGAGAUAUUCGACACGGACAACGAAGAAGACUCUGACUCUGCGCCGCACCCAUGGGGAGACGGAGACAGUGAAAGUCAAUCUACCCUGUCAAGUCCUGACGACCUACCUACGCCUCCCAAUACCGGUGGACUCGGCGGCUUCGAAUUCCAUUUCGAUGACAAGUCAGUAGUAGGGCCCCAAGGCCCACACCUCUUCAGAGGCACACCUGAGAUAGUCAGCAACCUGGAAGACGAUGUCUUCAUGGCCUUGUCACCAGUCGGGCAACCGAAACCCGCUCCGAAACCCAUCGGGGCACUCAACACCGCCGUUGCGGAACUUGACGAGUCUCAGGUCCGCGACUGGACGCCCAAGCAGGUGGCUGAGUGGAUGGCUGAAGCUGGCUUCGAGACCAGUGUGGUUGAGAAGUUCCUCAUUCACGACAUCUCCGGCAGCCUCCUGAUUGACCUCCAAUUUGAGGAUCUCAAGGAGCUCGACAUCAGCUCGUUCGGCAAACGACAUCGCGUGAUGAGCUCCAUACAGCAACUUCGCAACAGCAGCAUGAUCUCACUGGAGACUCCUCUCUCAAGGACACCCUCCAAGACGAACCAAAGUCCACGGGCUCUGCAACGAUCUGCACUUCCAGAGGAACGUCAAGUCGUCGUCACCGAUCGUUCACGGUCACGGAGGCGGGGGAGACAGCCCGACAUUGUCACCCCAGCCGAGUCGAUAUCGAUCGUCGGGAUCGAGCAAGUGCUACCAAAGGAGCACAAGUGCUCCAAAGGUGAAGACUGCCCCAAAUGGCAGAAACAGCAACGCAAGAUUCUCCGCCUACAGCGGGCCUUUGAAGAGGACACCCUCCACCGGCCCAUAUCCGAGGCCCGGUCCGAAGCCUUGCCGUCUGUGGUGGGCUCCUCAGACGUGCUGGGCCCAUCUUCCGUCAAGAUCACGGCCGAGACUUUGAGUUCGGUGCAGCCUCGCGACCCACAGGAGAGCGUCCGACAGUUUCUCAACUUCCAGCAUUUACACUCGCCGUCAACCUCAACGAACCCAUCGCCGCCGCCUGCUGCUUCGGCGUCCUUUGCUAACAAGUCAGCUCACUUAGACGAGCAUCUUCGUGGUCUGCCAAAACUCACCAUCCCUACCACCCACAAAGAAGCCGAGAGGAGUCCGUCGCGGACGCCCAUCUCGGCCCUCCACCAGCCCACACAAAUUCAAGCCCAGCUCAAAGCCCAGUUACAAAGGGACCCCUACCACUAUGGCGGCGUCGCGUCGCCGGCGGACAUCUACCGCAUCGACACUCCCAUGUCAGCGACCGACAUCCCCAUCACGGCCAUGGCCAUCGACCCGUGUCAACGAGACGUGUCGCAAUCCGUCCCUCCGGAGAUGCGAUACGGAGCCACCGCCACUGCCCUCGUCAGCCCCGAGCCAAUCCAGCGAUGCGUAUCAACCCAGCCGGCACCACCAGCACAUGCACCUUCUCCUCAUCCUCACCCACGUCGGCACAUCCGCCAAAUGUCCUUUACGCCGUCGAUACCACCCGUCAAGGAGAACGAGGUAGCUGCUGCUGCUGCUGCUGCUGCCGCCGCCGACGCCGGCGCCGCGGAACCAUUCAAGACCAAGAGUCGGCAAUCGGCACGCAUCACCGAGCUCGAUCUGGCCAACCACCACGGCUGGAUGCGCAAGCGCAAGACGACCCGCAUGCUCCGGCACGAGUGGCAGGACCACUACUGCACGCUGAUCGGGCACGAGCUCACCAUGCACGAUUCGCACUACGCCACGGCCAAGGCUCUCGAGCGCAUCGACGUGGACGAGUACACCCUGCACGCUUACUCGCAGGCCUCGAGCUCGAAACUCAGCGCCGCCUUCAAGAAGAGCCUGCUGGGCCAGGGCAAAUUACCUGCCGGCGAGCACUUGUUUGCCUUUUCCCUCAUCCCGGACAACAAUGACAAGGCCACGGUGCGGAAACUGUUCGAUAGGACUGCCGGGAGUGGGAGUUCCAGUGGUAGUGGUGGUUCUUCCAAAUCUCACCAUUUCGCCGUCGACAGUUCCAAGGAACGGAUCGAGUGGAUGAGGAAGUUGAUGUUGGCGAAAGCCAUGAGGAAGAAUGCCGCCUGUGAGAUUUGA